AUGGCACAUCUACACCUCAGAUACCUCCUGGCUUUGGCCUUAGUGCAUGUGGUUUUUUCCUCUGGUGUGUUUGAACUGAAGAUCCAUUCCUUCCACACGGCGCAGCGGAUCUGUAGGAGACACAGGGACUGUCACAUGUUUUUCAGGAUUUGUCUAAAACACCCGGAGGAUGUGAUCUCAGCUGAGCCACCCUGCACCUUUGGCACCGGGCACACCAACGUCAUCAGAGCCGACCACACAUCCAUAUCCAGCAGCGCUCCCAUCAGGGUGCCAUUUCACUUCAAGUGGCCUGGAACUUUUUCAUUGAUCAUCGAAGCCUGGAACGCAGAAUCACCGACUGAAUACACAGACAACCAAAACAACCUGGUGAGCCGCCUUGCGACCCGGAGGAGACUCGCCAUUGGAGAGGACUGGUCCCAGGAUGUGCACUUUGGCGAGCAGAGCGAGCUCCGUUACUCCUACCACGUCUUCUGUGACGAGUACUACUUUGGAGACGGCUGCGCGGAUUACUGCAGACCGAGAGAUGACACCCUGGGACACUACACCUGCGACGAGGAGGGCAACCGCAUCUGUCUGGAGGGCUGGAAGGGAAACUACUGCUCUGAGCCCAUCUGCUCGGCGGACUGCAGCGAGAGGCACGGUUACUGCGAGGCCCCUGGGGGCUGUACGUGUCGUAUGGGCUGGCAGGGCCCCUCCUGCAACGAGUGUGUGCGCUACCCGGGCUGCCUGCACGGGACCUGCAGCCAGCCGUGGCAGUGUAACUGUCAGGAAGGAUGGGGGGGCCUCUUCUGUGACCAGGACCUCAACUACUGCACCAACCACAAGCCCUGCGCCAAUGGAGCCACCUGCACCAACACGGGACAGGGCAGCUACACCUGCAGCUGCAGGCCGGGGUACGGGGGCACCAACUGUGAGCUGGAGACCAACGAGUGCGACAGCAACCCCUGCAAGAACGGAGGCAGCUGUAACGAUCUGGAGAACGAUUACUCCUGCACCUGUCCUCAGGGUUUCUACGGUAAGAACUGUGAGAUCAUCGCCAUGACGUGCGCAGACGGUCCCUGCUUCAACGGCGGUACCUGUGUGGAGACCAUGACCGGGGGUUACACCUGCCGCUGCCCGCCCAGCUACGACGGCUCCAACUGUGAGAAGAAGCUGGAUCGCUGCAGCAACAGGCCCUGCCUGAACGGCGGCGAGUGUUUGGAUCUCGGUCAGAGUGUUUUGUGCCGCUGCCAGGCCGGCUUCACCGGCGCCAACUGUCAGGUCAACAUCGACGACUGUGCAUCGAGCCCGUGCCAGAACGCAGGAACCUGUCAGGACGGCGUGAACGACUACACCUGCUCCUGCACGCUGGGCUACACCGGUAAGAACUGCAGCGUGCGCUCAGAUGCCUGCGGGGCCCGUCCGUGCCAGAACGGUGGCACCUGCUUCACCCACUUCACCGGACCGGUGUGCCAGUGUCCCAAAGGCUUCAUGGGCCCCAGCUGUGAGUUCACACUGCAGCCCAGCUUCAAACCAGCUCUGCGUCAGACCUCCCAGCCAUCAUCUGCCACCCUCACGGUAUCUUGUGUCCUCUCCGUCCUGGUCCUGGUUCUGGUGGCUGGGAUCAUCUUCCUGAGGAGGAGGAGGAGGCUGCAGGGGAGGAAGCAGCUGAGCGACAUCGCCGUCUACAACGACUUUGAGACAGUGAACAACCUGGGAGGGAGCGAAAGAGACGCUUUCCUCGGUCCAAACGGCCUCUUCAAGAUCAGCAACAGCACGGCCCGCCUCAGCCUCUCGCUGUGCCCCGACGGACGCUCCGGGUUCAGGCACAACCCCGUGGAGAGCAGUCUGGUCCGAGGCGAGCGUCAGGACUUUAUGUGGAGGGACGAGGCCGGGCUGGGCUCUGCAGCAGGACUGAGAUGA